AUGGAUGUCUUUGAGAUAACCCCCAACGGGCCAAAGCUGCCCUGGGAGCUGGACGUGGCGCUUGAGCCGGCGCCUUCACAAGCGCCGGCGCCAAAGGCGGAGCAAAGGUGUCCGGAGCGCGAGGCUGGGGGCUACGGCAUAGCCGAGCACUUCUUGGAGGCCGUCGAGACCGUCGAGGCCGUCAAGGCCGUUGAGACUCGAGGGCGCUUAGAGCCAGCCCUUCUACCGCUGGCGGAGCAGGGCGACGCGCCUGCCCUGAAGUCCCUCCUGCCAGGUAGCGACGUGAAUGUCCUGGCCGGCGAGCUCCGCCUCUACCCAGGCUCCCAGCGCAUGUUCUGCACCGAUUGGACCCCGCUGACGCUGGCGGUCGCCGGGGGUCACCAGGCGGCGGUGGAGGUGCUCCUCGAGGCCUGCGCGGACGCCAACGUGAUCUGCAGCUGCUGCACCUCCUCCGGACCCUACAGCAGCUGGACAGCUUUGGACAUCGCCAAAGCGGGCGACACCUUGCCCUGUGAGAGGGACCCGGAGAAGUACAAGCAACCGAGGCACCCAAAGAUCGCGGAGCUUCUGGUGGCGGCGCGGGGGAGACCGGGCUCCAAGCUGAAGCCGCCGCCGCGGAUGAACACCUUCGGCAAUCCGGCGGAGGAGGGGGAGAGGAGGAAUCCCUGCCUCGACGAGCUGCUUGCGCGGGAUUUGUUUGGGUUUGACUCAUGCUGUGGAUGGCUGUGA